UUGGGUUGCGACCUACUGACAGGACGAAGAAGAGUUCAUGCCGAUAUUAAGUAAGAGAAGUCAGAUGAGGAGCCUUGAUCUAAUGGAGAACUGAGAGGAGUUUUUACAUCAUGGAGUCUGUGGUUGACUUCCUAAAUGUAUUCCACAUCAGGGCCAGUGGAUUGUCUGUGACACUCAGCCUCUUCCUCAUCUCUCUGGGUCUUCUCUACUGGUAUUCAAUUUACCCUUAUUCAGUCCUUUCGCGAUGCGGCAUCAAACAUCCAAAGCCAAUACCUUUCUUGGGCAACAUAUUCAUGUUUCGUCAGGGUUUUUUCAGUCCUAUUAAUGAGCUCAUAAAGACACAUGGGAGAGUCUGUGGGUAUUAUUUGGGCCGCAGACCGGUAGUGGUGGUGGCAGACCCUGACAUGCUGAGACAAGUGAUGGUGAGGGACUUCAGCAGCUUCCCAAACAGAAUGACUGUUCGCUUUGCCACCAAGCCAAUGACGGAGUGUCUGCUCAUGUUGAGGAAUGAACGUUGGAAGAGAGUGCGGAGCAUCCUGACCCCAUCAUUCAGCGCUUCCAAGAUGAAAGAGAUGGUACCGCUCAUCAACACAGCCACCGAUGCCCUGAUGAACAACUUGAAUGUUUACGCUGAGUCAGGAGAGGCCUUCGACAUCCACAAGUGUUUUGGCUGCUUCACCAUGGACGUUAUCGCCAGUGUGGCAUUCGCAACUCAGGUGGACUCUCAGAACAACCCAGAUGACCCGUUUGUCCGCCAUGCGCAGAUGUUCUUCUCCUUCUCUUUCUUCAGGCCCAUCAUGCUGUUUUUCAUUGCUUUUCCAUUCAUCAUGGCUCCUCUGGCGGGGCUAAUCCCCAACAAAAGACGAGACCAGAUGAAUCAGUUCUUCAUCAACAGCAUUCAGAAGAUCAUCCAGCAGAGAGAGGAACAGCCUCCUGAACAGAGGCGUCGAGACUUCCUUCAGCUUAUGUUGGAUGCACGAACCAGCAAAGAGAGUGUUUCUUUGGAACACUUUGAUUCAGCAAACCCAUCUGGUGUGACAGAUCACAGGAACCAGCAGACACGACCGCCAGCCUCCGAUCAGGAGCACCCACAAGAGCCCCCCACCAGGCGUCCACAGAAAAAGAUGAUAACUGAAGAUGAGAUCGUGGGGCAGGCUUUUGUCUUUCUUCUGGCAGGCUACGAGACCAGCAGCAACACGUUGGCCUUCACCUGCUACCUCCUAGCCAUCCAUCCUGAAUGCCAAGUCAAAGUACAGGAAGAGGUGGAUGAUUUCUUUACCCGACAUGAGUCACCAGAUUACACAAAUGUCCACGAGCUGAAAUAUUUAGACAUGGUUAUAAGUGAAGCCUUGCGCCUCUAUCCCCCCGGAUUCAGGUUUGCGAGAGACAUCGAUAAUGACUGUGUGGUGAACGGCCAGUUCCUCCCUAAAGGAGCGACGCUGGAGAUCCCAGCAGGCUUCCUCCACUAUGACCCAGAGCACUGGCCAGAGCCUGAGAAGUUCAUUCCUGAGCGAUUCACACCAGAAGCCAAGGCCAGUCGACAUCCAUUUGUAUACCUGCCGUUCGGGGCCGGUCCCCGUAACUGCGUGGGAAUGAGGCUCGCCCAACUGGAAAUCAAAAUGGCUCUAGUGUGUCUGUUCCGCAGGUUCAGCAUUGUAGCGUGCACUGAGACCAAGGUUCCUCUCGAGUUGAAGUCGUCGAGCACUCUAGGACCCAAGAACGGCAUAUUUGUGAAAAUUCAAAGAAGAGACAUUGGGGAAGUGAAUUCUCCACCAGGCAAUUAGAAAGUCACCGUUCAUCUUCUUGCAUAGUAGAAAAAUUCUUUGACUUUCUGCAGGUCCGUGUGUGUGUGUGUGUGUGUGUGUGUGUGUGUGUGUGUGUGUGUGUGUGUGUGUGUGUGUGUGUGUGUGUGUGUGUGUGUGUGUGUGUGUGUGUGUGGGUGUGUGUGUGUGUGAGAGCUGUUUUGUGGAUAUGUUUCUUUACCUUUAAAUAUUCCCAAAGGUAACAUGAUUGAGUUAAUAAGUUACCAUACGCUGUACAGCUCCAUCAAAUAUCUCAUCUAGUGCCUUUUCUUUUUGGGGACAGAACUAGAAGGUGGGCUGAAGCUGAGACAUAGCGUUGCUGUACUAUAAUAAAACUGAGUGGGCCAAUUGACCCUUCCUAAGGCUUUUGGAACUUUCUCCUUCCCUGUACUUCGAUAUGCGUUAGGCUGGUCCAUGUUGAAAAGACAACCAAAACCCUAGUUAAUUAGACAGCUAGCUAACUUGCAAACGACGUAGGAAGAGUCACCUGUCCAAUCAGACGCUGUGGAGAACACAGUUUAUGUCCCUCUGAACUCUCCGCUGAUGGUUUCACCAAAUUUUUGAUGAGAAAUAAUAAUAGGGAGACGGAGCUGGAGCACAAGUGAAUAAAGAGAGAAGAGCGUAUAGAGGAAUAGAAGUGUGCUCUACUUAAAGGUCCAGUGUGUAACAUCUCGGAGAAUCUAUUGGCAAAAAUAAAAUAUAAUAUUCAUCGGUGUGUUUUCAUUAAUGAAUAAUCACCUGAAUAUAGGAAUUGUUGUGUUUUCAUUACCUUAGAAUGAGUUUUUUUAUCUAAAGGGUCACCAUCCAUGGAAUACACAAUGAAGUGUGCGGCCACUGUAGUUGCUCCUACACACUUCGCAGCCCAUUGUCAUUCCCAGAUCGUCAAAUACAGACGCGAAUGGUGUUCAGUUAGUUUCAAUCUGCAACUUCACCACUAGAUGCCACUAAAUCUCACACACUGGUCCUUUAAGAGGGCAACUCUCAGGCUCUUACCUCAGUAUGUAGCAAUAAUUAUAUAUUUUUUAGCUGUGAUUUUGCAGGUUAUUUAGGGAAAGCAUUUUUUGAUUAACCAUUAAUCUGAACAAUGGUUUUAUUUUCACUACUACCAAGUUACAAUUUACUCCUUCCCUACACGUAUGAUUAGGCUUCUUUUAUUAAUCUUUUAUGGUCUUCACAACUUACUUUAGUUACUCUAGUGAACAGAUUUCAAGGCAGACAUUGACACUGUUUAGUAAAAAUGUAAUAAAAUAAUGAUGAGGUGAGCCUAUAGAACUAGUUCAGCUAGAAGCUCGAGGUCACAUUUAUCAGCUGAACCUGAAAGUUUGCACAUUCCCUCACCAAUGGGCUGCAAGUUGUUUAACUGAACUGCUCACUUCACUACAGCUUCUUCCCAUGAAUGAUGGUUCAUUGACUAUGUAAUCACAGAUUGUGCAGUCACAGAUUUGCACAGUAAAUGAUGGGGAAGGGUAUAUGUUUUGGCAGGAGGCUGUACCUGUCUUUUGUGUUCAGUGUUACUGAUUAUAUUUGAAAAUACUGAAGACUUUGUUUCAUGAUGCCUAACACAGUGCUUUCGCAUUUCUAUAUAUUUUAAUUACCUCAGUUGAAAGCUGCUAUUUUAGAGUGAAAGAGAGUGGGAAAUCCUCCUUGUUUUUAUUCUUGAUGACCUGAAUCAGUGGUUAUAAAAUGUGUCAGAAUAGGAAACUGGGCCCAACCAGCCCAAAUGUUUUAGUGCGUAUUAGGUCAGACUUUAAGGUGUAGGAGUAAAAGCAUGCAUCACUUCUCUCUUGAUGUCAUUCAUUAUUGUUUAAGGAGAUCAUUUACACCUCACUGAAAUGAAAACAUACCAUCCCUCAGGUAGGUAGGUAAAUCAUAGAAUUUUGUCCUGCAUUAAUUUUAAUUUUGAAUGUAUACAAUAAGAGUGAUUUACUGAUGAUUAAUUAAAAUGUGUCUAUGGAAAAGGUAUAUUUACUGGGAUUAAAGGCAGAGCACUGAACGUGCCUGUAAAAUGUGAA